UUGAAUCACUAGAGGUUCCUAAAUUACCACGUAAGGUAAAAGAACGUGCUUAUCGUAGUAAAAGAUCAGCAACAGGGGACAAUGGGGACAGUGGUCAUGAAGGAACUGUUGAAGAUACUGAAAUGAAACCAGGUCCAGUAAGUGGUAACAGUGUUUCAAUGGAGGUAUCUGGAAAUAGCUCUGAUGAAGAUGAAAGUAAACCUCAAAAAUUAUUUGAAAAAAAACGUUUUUGUCGUAGUAAGAAACUACCCGCAGCGGACAAUGGAGGCAGUCGUAAUGAAGGAACUAUUGAAGAUACUGUUAUGAGACCAGAAACUGAGGAAACUGCAACUCGUGGGGAAAUUGAGAAUCGUGAAGCUGGGUUAGAAAGUAACAGUGAUAGUUCAGUUUCAGACUGGACAACACCUAGUGAAGAAGAAUUAGAAGAAGCAAAGGAAGAUAAGCCUGCUUGUUUGAAAAAGGAAAGACCAAAGCCAAACUGGUUUGUAGUGCCAGAACUUUUGCGUCGUGAAAUGGGCAUUAAUCCAUUAUUUCAACGUAAAUAUUAUGGUUCCUUACACGUUGCAGAACAUUUUGAACUUAUGUACAAACUUAGGGAACAUCAGGGUUGUGUUAAUGCCUUAAACUUUAAUCAAAAAGGAAAUUUAUUAGCUAGUGGUUCUGAUGAUUUGGCUGUAGUUAUAUGGGAUUGGGCAAUAGGCAAGAAACAUCACGCUUUUAUUAGUGGUCAUAGGAGUAACAUAUUUCAAGCUAAAUGGUUACCAUUUGAUGUAGAAAAUUUUAUGGCCACGUGUGCUCGUGAUGGACAAGUACGUUUAUUAGAUAUUAGACGUGGUGUAUCACGAAAAUUAGCUGCACACUACGCACCGACUCAUAAACUUGCAGUUCAUCCAGACACACCACAUGUGAUUAUAUCUGCCGGUGAAGAUGCAAAAGUGCUAUCUAUAGAUAUUAGAGAAGAGAAGCCAACGAGAUUGCUAGUGGUAAAAAAUGGUACUUCCCGUGUGCAAUUGUACACUGUUCACUCUAACCCUUUAAAAAGUAAUGAAUUUUGUGUUGGUGGACGAUCUCAAGCUGUUAGAAUAUAUGAUCGACGAAAAUUAUCUACACCAGUGUGUGAAUUAUGUCCCGAACAUUUGAUUGCCAGCAAUCACGCACAUGUAACUUGUGCGUUAUAUAAUUACAAUGGAACUGAAAUUCUUGCAUCUUAUAAUGAUGAAGACAUAUAUUUAUUUGAUGCAGUGUUACCACAACCUGGAGAUUUUGCUCAUAGAUAUCAAGGUCAUAGGAACCAUGCUACUGUGAAAGGGGUUAAUUUCUUUGGACCAAAAGGUGAAUUUGUUAUAUCUGGAUCAGAUUGUGGAAAUUUAUUUAUUUGGGAUAAAAAUACUGAAGCAAUUGUAGAUUGGAUGCCUGGAGAUGAACAAGGAAUAGUAUGUAAUCGAAUUAAAUUAUUUAAAAAUGUAAAUAAUUUACCACAUGUUCCUAUUCUGGCAACAAGUGGACUUGAUGUAGAUGUAAAGAUUUGGGUACCUUCUUGUGAAUUUCCACCAAAUUUCAGGAAUUUAGAAAACUGUGUCAGAACUAAUGCAAUGAGCAGAGCACAAGAAACUGCCAGUGAAUCUGAUGCAUUUGAUAGCCAAAUGCUUUGGAUAUUAUUAAGACAUAUUCGUCAUACAGAAAGAGUAAGACAUAUGUAUGCAAGUAGAAGUUCUAGUGAUCAAAAUCGAGAUGACGACGAUGAUGAUGAUGAUGAUGAUGAUGAUGAUGAUGAUGAUAACGCUAAUGAUUCUUCAGACGAUGACUCUUCUGAUCACAGUACCAAUCAACCUGUUAUUGAGGGAGAUAGAAUUAGAAGAGUGCAAUGUCCUCCAUCUUAGAGGUAUUGAAACGGACUAUUUUACGUUUCGUACAUUAAUACU